CUCUCCUCUCCUUUUCUCAGUUUCGCUCGCUCUCGCUCCCUCUCAGACUCGCUCUCGCAGUCCUCUCUGUUUCUGUCGCACCUACAUACUUCUCUCCCCCUCCUCCUUAUCCUCCUUUUCCUUCUCCUUCUCCUCCUUCUACUCCUUAUACAUAGUAUACCAACUCCGCUAUUUCUAAAAACGUAACGCAAUCGUGGCGACGUAUGCGAGGAGCGCGCCAGAGAAACCACGAGUGAGGAGGCGCGACGUACGAACAGCGAGUUGUAUUUAAUUACGGAGAAAUUAUUGUGCGAGAAAAAUAAGAAAAUAAAGUGAUAUAAUAGUGAAUAACGGGAAAAUCUGCGUUAACGUUGUGCAAAACUAAACGUGAAGGGACUGCUGUUAUUUUGGAUCUUAAUCGCAACGUCGUCUGUCUCUUACUCGUUUACGUUUAACGUUCACUUUUUCUUUCCGUCUCCCUCUUUGCAAUACCUUUUUUUUUGUAUAUCUUUUUCUAUUUUCGCGUGACCGCCAUAGGAGUAAUCAAGUAAUAGCGAUGUGUGAUAAUACUAACACGACGACGCAGAGUAUAGCGGACUACCUGUCACAGUUACUAAAAGACCGAAAGCAGUUAGCUGCUUUCCCUAAUGUCUUCAUACAUGUAGAGCGCCUACUAGACGAAGAAAUCGCGAAAGUGCGGGCGAGUCUUUUCCAAAUCAGUGGUGUCAAAAAGGAACCAUUGGUUCUGCCAGAACCAGAUGGAGACAUCACAACGCUAACGGAAAAAGUUUAUGUGCCCGUUAAAGAACAUCCAGACUUCAAUUUUGUUGGGAGAAUUCUUGGACCACGUGGAAUGACAGCCAAACAAUUGGAGCAAGAAACAGGAUGUAAAAUUAUGGUUAGGGGAAAAGGUUCUAUGAGGGAUAAGAAAAAGGAAGAGUUAAACCGAGGUAAACCAAACUGGGAACAUCUGACAGAUGAACUGCAUGUUUUACUAACAGUUGAAGAUACUGAGAAUCGUGCCACCUUGAAACUUGCCAGAGCUGUAGAAGAAGUCAAGAAACUUCUUGUUCCCGUGCAGGCUGAUGGAGAAGAUGAAUUGAAGAAACGACAAUUAAUGGAACUUGCUAUUAUCAACGGUACAUAUCGGGAUUCCAACACGAAAGUUGCUGCAGCUACAGCUUGCGAUGAAGAAUGGAGACGUGUAGCAGCAGCCGCGGCAGAAACUCAGCGACUUCUUCCGGGCUUAGCCACACCUAUGAGGACACCAAGUGCUCCGUUGGGAGCACCGUUAAUACUCUCGCCACGGAUAUCUGUUCCAACGACCGCGGCGUCUCUUCUGAACGGUUCAGGCCCACCAGGAUCUCUACUUUCUGCCGGUGAUCCUCAUGGGUUAAUUUACACGCCAUACGCCGAUUACGCCAACUACGCAGCCUUGGCAGCCUCGCCUCUUCUCACGGAUUACACCACUACUGAUCAUUCUGGUGCAGCAGCCGCUGCGAAACAACGUAGGCACUUGGGUCAGAUUCGCGAGCACCCUUAUCAAAGGGCUGGCGCUUUGUCGUGAAUCCGGAGAGCGCAAUAAUAAUACUGUACGCGCCUCCGCGAAAAGGCUUGGAGUGCUAACAAUGGAAUCCACUCGCCCCGUGCUAACACCUGGACUCUGGAACAACAUCCGCGUUCGAUCGGUUCACCAACCAGAUGACCACCUUCGCCGUUCGCAUCAC